UAAUCCCGAGCGGGCUGCGGGGCCGCCACCUUCCGUCCGUCCCAGCCCGAGGCCGUCCUGCGAGGCUGGCCCGGCAUGUCUCCGGCGCGCCCUGUGCCACCAAGGCCAGUCUCCGCUGAGAAAUCGGGGCCCCGACGCCGGGUGUUCAUAAGAAUGGAAGCAGUGCUUUCUCGCCAGAUUCCUUAUUGCUGUAUCUCAUGAACCUACAUAAUCCUGAGGAAGAGCCUGUAUUUAAUGACGACAACCCUGUCAUAAGUGUAGCAAUGACAGUGUGAGGACCAAAACGAAUAAAAAUUAAGAAGCAUUCAGAUUUAUAUUCAACAAGGAAAUCACUUCAGUCAACAACUUCUGCAUUCUUUUUCUAAGAUGAAUCGGUACACAACCAUGAGACAAUUGGGGGACGGCACCUAUGGGAGUGUGCUUAUGGGCAAGAGUAAUGAAUCUGGGGAGCUGGUGGCCAUCAAAAGGAUGAAGAGGAAGUUCUACUCUUGGGAUGAAUGCAUGAACUUGAGAGAAGUUAAGUCUCUGAAGAAACUUAAUCAUGCCAAUGUUAUUAAACUGAAAGAAGUUAUCAGAGAAAAUGACCAUCUUUAUUUUGUAUUUGAAUAUAUGAAAGAAAACCUCUAUCAAUUAAUGAAAGACAGAAACAAGUUGUUCCCUGAGUCAGUCAUCAGAAAUAUUAUGUAUCAAAUAUUGCAAGGGCUGGCUUUUAUCCAUAAACAUGGUUUUUUUCAUAGAGACAUGAAACCAGAAAAUUUGCUUUGUAUGGGUCCAGAACUUGUGAAAAUAGCUGAUUUUGGACUUGCAAGAGAAUUAAGGUCACAGCCACCAUAUACUGAUUAUGUAUCUACCAGAUGGUAUCGUGCUCCUGAAGUUUUAUUAAGAUCUUCAGUUUAUAGCUCUCCCAUUGAUGUGUGGGCUGUUGGAAGUAUAAUGGCUGAGCUGUAUACAUUAAGACCGCUUUUCCCAGGGACAAGUGAGGUUGAUGAAAUCUUUAAAAUUUGCCAAGUUUUAGGGACUCCCAAAAAAAGUGACUGGCCAGAAGGAUACCAGCUUGCAUCCUCUAUGAACUUCCGCUUUCCCCAGUGUGUUCCUAUAAAUUUAAAAACUCUUAUUCCCAAUGCCAGUAAUGAAGCUAUUCAGCUUAUGACUGAAAUGUUGAGUUGGGAUCCGAAGAAACGACCAACAGCAAGCCAGGCAUUGAAGUACCCGUAUUUUCAAGUUGGUCAGGUAUUAGGUCCUUCCUCAAGUCAUCUUGAAUCAAAACAAUCUUUAAAUAAGUCAUUACAACCAUUAGAAUUGAAGCCAUCUUUAGUUGAACUAGAGCCUAAGUCUCUGCCAGAUAUAAUUGAUCAGCCUGUUGGACAGCCCCAGCCAAAAACCAGCCACCAACCACUGCAGCCCAUCCAGCCACCACAGGACAUGAGUGCCCAACAACCUCCAAAGCAACAGAGUCAGCAGAAACCGCCACAAACACUCUUUCCAAGUAUCGUCAAAAACAUGCCAACUAAAUCAAAUGGCCCCCUGGGUCAUAAAGGUGCUAGGAGGCGUUGGGGUCAGACUGUCUUUAAGUCUGGAGACAGCGGGGAGGAGUUUGAGGACUGUGAUUUUGGAGCCUCUCAUUCCAAGAAACCAAGCAUGGGCGUUUUCAAAGAAAAAAGGAAAAAAGAUUCUCCAUUUCGGCUUCCAGAGUCAGUACCCUCAGGCUCCAACAACCCCACAGGGGAAAACAAGAAUUUACCUGCCAUUGUUUCCCUAAAAUCUGAUUCUGAAUUGUCAACUGCCUCAACAGCAAAACAGUACUACUUGAAACAAUCAAGAUACCUUCCAGGUGUAAAUCCCAAGAACGUGUCCUUGAUAGCCAAUGGAAAGGAUAUGAACUCCCACACUUGGAGUAAUCCGUUAUUUCCUAAGUCAUUGGGACCCAUCGGGGAAGAACUUUCUUUCAAAAAGAGUCACGCAGAAGAAAGCAUAAUUAUACCAAUUGAAAAACUAUCAUGCAAUGAAAGUUCUCCUGAAAAAUUAGAGGACCCACAAGGCAAUCUUGGGAGUUAUGCUACUUACAAUCAAUCAAGAUACAGCCCUUCCUUUCUCAAAAAAGAAGUGGGGUCGGCUGGCCUGAGGAUCCACUUGGCACCUCUCGGUGCAGCGGCUUCCGAAUGUACCUGGAACACAAAAUCUGGUCGGGGGCAGUUUUCAGGGCGCACUUAUAAUCCUACAGCAAAAAACCUAAAUCUCGUGAACCGUGCACAGCCGGUUCCCUCAGUGCAUGGGAGGACAGACUGGGUGGCCAAGUACGGAGGCCACCGGUAGAAGUCUCUGGUAUGAAGGCUGCAGCAUCGCACCAUAGAGGAUGUGUGAAUCCCUUGACCCUGGGAAGUGUCUACAGCUGUCUAUCUCUACUGAGCUCUGAAAGAAAUAUGCAAUAAUAGGUACUUCAAAGAACAAAAAUCAUCUCCUAUUUUAUUUCUUUCCAAGCAAUGGAAUGCAUUUUCGUAGCAUCAUUGCCCACAGUGCAAUGGAUAUGUGGGUAGAACUUUACAAAGUAUUGAAUAAACUGUUUGCCAAAGUAU